ACCAUCAGAUAAACCACAUCAUGGCGGCUAUCAUGGCGGGCGUCGUCCAUAUCUCCAGGGUUUCUUUGCGGUCAGUUUCUCGCUUUCGGUUUUCUCCUCCGCUGCUCAAGAACGGCUUAUUCUUUCAUUCUUAUGGAAAAAUUUUCAACCAGGCUAAAUUUUCCAGCACAACUUUUUCUCAAUGUCAGCUGCAAGUCACCCAUACUGAUCAUUCAACAUUGAGCGCUAACCACGAACAGGUCAGUACAAGCAACCAUCUUGCGCACCCAGAGGAUAGAACAGUUUUUGUGGGCAAGCUGAGUCCAAAAGCAACGGAAAAAUCACUCGAGGAGUACUUCUCACAGUUUGGUGUAGUAGAACAGGUUGCUUUGAUGCCAAGUAAAUCGGUGAAAAAAAUUUGGCCUCAUGCUUUUGUAGAGUUCAGAGAUGUCUCCAGCGUCGAGAAGAUUCUAUCUCAAAACCACAACAUCCACACGAGAAGCGUGAGUGUAGAGCGUUUAAAUCUAUUUGACAGACCACGUUCAAGGAAGAUCUGUGUUCGCAACAUUCCGUCAGAGUCGAAAGAAGCACUCUUAAAAGAGCAUUUCUCACAGUUUGGAGAGGUUGCUGGUGUAGAGUUUGUUCACAACAAACCACAAGUUGAAAAAGAAAGAUAUUGCUUUGUAGAGUUCACGACUUUAAGUGGAGUAGUAAGGGCUUUGGAGUCACCAAAGCAAACCAUUGGUCACAGUGUUGUAGAGGUGAAGAAAUUCACUGCAAGACCCAAAAGGGCCUACAUCAGAGGUAGAGCUAUCAUUGAAGUGGUCCCAGAAGGUCUAAAAGUGGAGCACUUAAGAAACUACUUUAAAAAAUUUGGAAAAUUAGCAUUUGUAGAUUUGAUAUUUCACCGUGGUCAUAACGAACACAGGAACAGAGACAUUGCAUUUCUUGGUUUCUUUGAUGACGAGGCUGUUGAGACAAUAGUGAAGGAGACUGGCUGUCAUAUUAUUAAAGGGAAAGAGGUUUUAGUAAAGAGAUCAACUUCUGAAAAGGGAAACAAGGAUCGCCAAGUAAAGGUCUUUGUGGAUAAGAUUCCAGGAGUUGUAACAAGGAGUGAUUUGAGAUUGUACUUUAAAGCAUUUGGGGAUUUAAUCGACAUGAGUAUGAGAAGAUGGGGAGGCAACAAAAACUUGCAAAGUGCUAUGCUAACUUUCAGAGACACUGCUCAUAUUGAUAGAAUAAUGGCCAGAAGUAAGCAUGCUAUUGACGGCAAACAGAUCAUUGUCAGAAGGAUUGGCUGGAGUGUAGAUGGACACUGAAUCAAGGGUGUGUCCCUUUGGAAUGGUCCGGAUCAGGAUCAAUGAUCUAAGAUCAGUCAGAUCAUGGUGCCUCAAAGGAAGUGAUGAAUCCACUCUGGGCAAAGGUUCAACAGUUCCUUUGAUGCUAGACUGUUCACAGCCUCUCUGUAUUUCAACGCACGCGAAAGAAAAAGCGAGUGCAAAGCAUGCAGGGAUGGGGAUGGGAAUGCGAGCAAAGCGAGCCAAAUGAAGAAUAGAAAGACUGUAGACAUCUUUGGAAAUAAGUGGACUUAUUAGGCUCCUCCCCUGUUAUUGCGUUGUUGUUAACAGCACUGCCUCUUUCCUCUUUUUUCCAAAGAUGUCUACAGCCCCUUUAUUUUCCUUGGUCCCUAACCAUGUCAAGUCUCCCUUUUGUGCUGGUGUCCGGUUCUCUCGCGAUUCUAUCUGCGCAUUCAAUGAUCAAAUAAAAAUAGAAAAUAGAGGGCUGUGAACAGUCUACUUUAGUGCACCAUGAUUGGAGUGAUCUUGCAUCAUUGAUGCUAAUCUGGAUCAUCCCAAAGGAAUGCAUUUCAAAAGUUGUUUUAGUCUCAAUUUUUCUGUCUUUGUUCCUUCAUGGGUGCACAUUUUCAGCCGUGCCUUUGAAAGAGGGCACUGGCCUGGUUUCUUUAAUAGUGGACUGCUGUAUUAUUAAACCUGCAAUAUGAAAGAAAACUUUAACCCUCUCUCCUUUUAGAUGUGAUCAAAUUCUAAGGAUUAACAGACUCUCCUUUCAAAUUGAAGACGAAUCUCACUUUCUUUUUUAUUGCAUUAAAUAUUCUAUUCUAAGAUGAAUUUUAUAGAGAAAUAGAAAAUAUUGUUCUGACUUUUAGACAAUUGUUUGUUACAAGCCGACAGUGAACAUAUAUAAACAACAGCCUCCAGUUGGUGCGAAAAUAUGCUCGGAUAUUUGU